AUGCUUGGCAAUAGGUUUGAGCCUAUCAGGCUGCUGGGCCGCGGCUCCCAUGGAGCCGUCCAGCUCUGCCGGGACAAUACAACGGGGGAGGGCGUCGCCAUCAAGCUGCUGUCGCGAGGCUGGGACCCUGGGCAGACCAAAUACGUCGAGCGGGAGAUUUUGAACCACCAGGAGCUCAGCGCCAGCAGCCACCCCCACGUGGUCGAGUUCAGGGAGGUGUUCCUGACGCCCAGCCACCUGUGCGUCGUGAUGGAGUACGUGGAGGGAGAGAACCUGCAGCAGUUCCUCGCAAACACGGGCGGCAGGACGUCCGAGGCGCUGGGCCGAUUCCUGUUCCAGCAGCUCGUGCUGGCCCUUGACUUUUGCCACCGCAAGGGCAAGGUCUCGCGCGACGUCAAGCUGGCCAACACGCUGCUGGCGCUGGCGCCGGGGCAGCUGCCGCUCGUGAAGCUCUGCGACUUUGGGUACUCCAAGGACACGAUGCAGCACAGCGCGCCCGCCAGCCAGGUCGGCACCGCGCUGUUUGUCGCGCCCGAAGUUAUGCACAACUUCUCCAGCCAGCCGUACGACGGCGCGAAGGCAGACGUGUGGUCCUGCGGCAUCAUGCUCUUCAUCCUGCUGUUUGGCCGGCACCCCUUCCUGCGCCCUGAGGACACCGUGCUGCCGGAGCAGCAGCAGAUGCUGGUGCUGUUCACGCGCACCAGCCGGGAGGAGUUUGUGCUGGGCCCGGCGGAGGCGGCCGCGGUCAGCCCGGCGUGCGCCGACUUUCUGGGGCGCGUGCUCGCGACGCGGCCGGAGCGCAGGUACUCCAUGGCAGACAUUCAGGCGCACCCGUGGUUCAGGGACGGCCUGCCAGAGGGAGCGCAGGUGAUGAACACCCUGAUCCUGCGCAACGAGGGGCAGGCCCAGCUGCGGCAGGCUCCGGAGGAGAUCCGGUGGAUGGUCAAGGAGGCUGCAUACGCAGACCCCAUGGCCAUGGCGGCGCGCCUUACCCUCAGCGUGCAGCCCCACAAGCCACCCCGCGCGCGACCCUUGCAGCCGCCGCCGCGCUUCGACGCGCCGCCGCAGCAGGGGAUUGGCGGGGAGGGGGCCCGGGCAGGCGUGGGGGCGGGCGGUGCAGACGGCAAUGGAAAUAUGGUGACAGAACAGCAGCAGCGGCAGCAGCAGCUGCAGCAACAGCAACAACAGCAGCAGCAGCAGUUUCUGCUACAACAGCACCAGCAACAGCAGAUGGCUGCGAUGCAGCAGCAGCAGCUUGUACAGCAGCAACAGCAACAACAGCAGCAGCAGCAGCAAAUUGCCGCGCUACACCAGCAGCACCAGCAGCAGCAACAGCAGCAGCAAUGGGCGCUCGCCCAGCAGCAGCAGGCACAGGCGCAGGCGCAGGCCUGCAACGGCCACCCGCCGCAGCAGCACCUGGCGUCCCCUGGGGCCCGUGGCUAUGCGGCCGUUCCGCAGCAGGGGGCUAUGCCCCUGGAUGUGUCCUUUGGCAGCGCCCCAAACACACUGGGCUCCUCGGGCAUUGAGGCCCUCCUUGCUGAGCUGGCGGGCGACACACCUCAACAGCCGCCGCAGCAGCAACAGCAGCAGCAGCAGCAACAGCAGCAACAGCAGCAGCAGUUCGACCAGGGCCACAUUGCCCCAGCCUCCUCGGCGCCGGCGCAGCUGGGCGCGGCCCCUCCGGCCAGCGCCUUGUCGCCGCACUCGCCCGAGCGCAGCACCUGCAGCGCCCCAGUCGCCCCGCCGCUGCACGCCGCCGCCGCGGCCGGGGCCGCGCCGCGGCCGUGCGCGAGCGACCCGGCGCCAGGUGGCGGCAGCGGCGGCGGCGGAAACGGCGGCGGCGGUGUCGGCAUGAUGGGGGAGGACGGGAUGAGCGGCAUGGGUGGCAUGUGCGUCACCAGCGCCGACCUGGACCUGCCGCAGCUGUCUGAGAUGCUGUGCAGCGGCAGCGACGAGGCCCUGCUGGGCGGCAGCCUGUGGCACAAGAUCUGCCGCGACAUGUCGUUCCGCAUGGCCGCUGGCAUGGGCGAUCUGGAUGACCUCGGAGGCAUGGCUCUGGGCUCCCCAGAACAGGCGGGGCCGUCGUCGCACCCGGGAGGCCCGGCGCGGCCACCGGGGCAGCAAUGA